UGCAUGUAUAGUAUAGACAUAUUCUUCUUCUCUUAAUGGUACACAAUCACAGCUCACAAGGAGCAUCAGCAUCUCCCCUCACCUCAGUCACCCUUUUUUUUAGGCAUGAAAAGAGAGAAAGAUGAUCUCCAUCAUUCAAUCCCAUGUGCCAUUUUCUUCUCUUCAAUCCCCAUACCUUCCUCUCCUCCAUCAAAAUCAAUACUAAUCUCUCUCUCCACCAUUAUCCGGUAUACUUUCUAGGGUUUUGAAAAUCGAAAAACCAGAGCCAAGGCUAUAAAGCUGAUCAGCUUCACCUUCACCAGAUACAUAAACCCUUAAUAAGGGCGCCCACUACCUUUUCUUCCCGUUUCAGAGAAUAGUAUCAGAGAGAGAGAGAGAGAGAGAGAGAGAGAGGCUCCAUCUCUUUUCCAAUUGUUCUCAGCUCUUCUCCCAAAGUUUUUUUCUUUUCAAGGAGAGAAGAUGUGGGUGCAGAGGGAGAAUACGUAAAGAACUUCGAAGAGAGCGAGGGAGGGAGAGAGAGACAUGUUGGCAAUGGAGAAGGAUUUUGAUUCCAAGUUGAAAAUUCAGGGGAAGUCUUCCGGUGGUGGGAAUGUGCAGAGAUCCAAGAGCUUUGCUUUCAGGGCACCCCAGGAGAUUUUUACUAUUCAGGAUUUUGAGUUGGGCAAGAUCUAUGGUGUUGGUUCCUAUUCCAAGGUUGUUAGGGCAAAGAAGAAGAACACAGGAAUUGUGUAUGCGUUGAAGAUUAUGGACAAAAAGUUCAUUACCAAAGAAAAUAAAACAGCUUAUGUGAAGCUGGAACGCAUUGUGCUCGAUCAAUUAGAUCAUCCUGGCAUAGUGCGGCUAUUUUUCACAUUUCAAGAUACUUUUUCACUGUAUAUGGCACUUGAAUCCUGUGAAGGUGGAGAGCUUUUUGAUCAAAUAAUCAGGAAAGGUCGUUUGUCAGAGGAUGAAGCUCGCUUCUAUGCGGCAGAAGUUGUAGAUGCACUUGAAUACAUACAUAACCUGGGUUUGAUACAUCGUGAUAUUAAGCCCGAGAACUUGCUGCUCACUGCAGAAGGACAUAUUAAAAUUGCCGAUUUUGGUAGUGUAAAGCCUAUGCAGGAUAGCCGAAUUACAGUCCUUCCAAACGCCGCAUCAGAUGAUAAGGCCUGUACUUUUGUGGGGACAGCUGCAUAUGUUCCUCCAGAAGUUCUCAAUUCUUCUCCUGCAACAAUUGGAAAUGACCUCUGGGCACUUGGCUGCACCUUGUACCAAAUGCUUUCAGGAACUUCUCCUUUCAAAGAUGCAAGUGAGUGGCUUAUUUUCCAAAGAAUUAUAGCGAGGGAUAUUAGAUUUCCAGACUACUUCUCAGAGGAGGCAAGGAACAUCAUUGAUCGGUUAUUGGAUUUAGAUCCGAACAAGAGACUAGGUGCUGGGCCUGAUGGUUAUGUGGUACUCAAGAUGCACCUUUUCAAGGGAGUUGAUUGGAAGAAUUUAAGAGGGAAAACCCCUCCAAAACUUGCUCCAGAACCAGGGGUUCAAUCAUCCGAGGGUGAUGAUGCUCAUGAUUCGUCAUGGAACCCUGCACACAGUAGCACUAGUUCAGCAGGACAAGCUGAUGGGAAUUGUGGUGCUGCAUCAUCAUCUGAAGGGUCUGGCCAUGUCAGUAGGCUUGCUUCAAUUGACUCGUUUGAUUCAAAAUGGCAACAGUUUCUGGAUCCUGGGGAAUCUGUUCUUAUGAUCUCAAUGGUGAAGAAAGUACGGAAAUUAACUAACAAGAAGGUGCAGCUUAUCCUCACCAACAAGCCGAAAUUGAUUUAUGUGGACCCUUCAAAACUGAUUGUGAAGGGAAACAUAAUUUGGUCAGACAAUCCCAAUGAGCUCAGCGUCCAAGUAACAAGUCCUUCACACUUCAAGAUUUGCACACCAAAAAAGGUGAAGUCAUUUGAGGAUGUGAAACAAAGAGCAGCGCAGUGGAAAAAGGCGAUUGAAGGACUUCAAAACCGGUAAAGACAACGCAUUCUUUGCAUGUUAUUAUAGUGUAGAGCAACAUGGGGACUCUCCAACAUUUUCCUACCCCCUGAGAAUUAUUUAUUCAAUGAAGGAGAUAUUGGUUACACAUCCCAGCUGUUCCAAGGUGCAAAGCUGUCCCCCCUCAAAUUGCUCUCCUUGCACUACUUAAAUCUUAUAUUGUGAUGAGGCUUUUACCAUCUUCCUUCACACAUUGUGUGGUGUAAUCUGUACAACGUAAAGUUUUUAACUUUUUAACCGUAGGGUUUGUAGGGGGGUUGGCUGCAUCACUUGCUUACUGUAUUAAAAAACAACACAUUAUAAAUGAGAUUUGCUUUUUGCGGAA